UCGGAAAUUACGCCGAUCAAAUAAUUAUUGAACUUUAAACUACUUAAAACUCAAAAUCAUCAAAAUGUCAAAUAAUAUUUAUAUAGAUUGGUUAGAAGAAAAAAUUUCCAGCGAAUAUUUAAUUUAUUACGACUAUUCGGAAUUUAAAAAUUUUACGUUUAUAGGAUCAGGUUCCUUUGCAAACGUUUAUCGUGUUAAUUAUAAAAAUACUGGUAAUAUUGUUGCUUUAAAACAUUUCCAUAAUAAUUACCCAACUACGCUAAAGGGGUUUAUUAAUGAGAUAAAAUUACAAAGAAGAGUUGAUUUUCAUGAAAAUAUUUUACGAUUCUAUGGCAUUACGAAGGAAAGAACAGAAAAUUCAAUACAUCCAAUACAAUAUUCAUUUGUCUUGGAGUAUGCUGAUAGUGGUACUUUAAAAACUUAUUUAGAAAACCAUUUUAAUGAACUUGAUUGGCAUGACAAAUAUCAAUUAGCAUUGCAACUGACCAGUGCAGUGACAUGUUUGCAUGAAUUUGAUAUUAUUCAUCGUGAUCUGUAUCCAAAUAAUAUUCUUGUACAUCGGAAUAAGAUAAAGCUGUGUGACUUUGGUUCAUCAAAAAAAAAUUUUGAAGAAUCGAGUGACAUGCCAAAAAUAUUUGGUGUAAUACCCUAUGUGGAUCCAAAAAGUUUCGAUACCCAAGAAAAAUAUAAAUUAAAUAAAAAAUCUGAUGCAUAUAGUAUUGGAGUUUUAUUAUGGCAAAUUUCAAGUGGAUAUAAACCUUUUCGUGAAGAUGAUUAUGGUGCUAGAUUAAUGUUGUUCAUAUUAAAUGGGAAAAGAGAAGAAAUUAUUGAUGGAACUCCUGUUGAAUAUAGUACCUUAUAUACAGAAUGUUGGAAAUAUGAACCAAAUGAACGUCCAAAUGUGCAAGAUGUUUUCUCAGCUCUCACAAGCAUAGUUUCUUGUGAACUAAAUAAUGCAGACGAUCAAUUAGAAGAAUAUGAAAUAAUUUCAAUCACUUCGGAAUCAAGCAAGGGAACCAUGGAUUUAAAUAGUGAAUUAUUAUCAAAUCAUGAAAGCAAGGGAACCAUGGAUUUAAAUAGUGAAUUAGUAUCAAAUCAUGAAUCAUAUUUGGACGUUAAUGAAAUAGAAAUCAGCCUAAAUUCACAAAAUCAAAAACAUGCUCAAUCAGAUUCGUCAAAUAUAUUAAUUCGAUCAAGAAAAAGUUCAUUUAAUUCAUUUGAUCCAAUAAGUAUAAUAAAUAACAUCAAUAAUAUUGGUGAUAAAUAUUGGUUAGAAAAAUCAAUUGACAAUGAAGAUAUCAAACUCUAUGAAUAUUCAGACUUCAAAAACAUCCAAUCAAUAAAAAAAGGCUCAUUUGGGAGUAUAGUCCGUGCUACUUUGAAAAAUAUUGACGAUUUAUUCGCUUUGAAAUCUUUUAAUAAUGAUGAAACAACUCUUUGUGAAAUUGUUCGUGAGAUAAAAUUGCAUCAGUUUAUUGCCCAUGAGAAUAUUAUACAAUUCUACGGAAUUACGAAGAUGGAAAACGUUGAUCAAAUGAACAUGAAUAAAUACAUAUUAGUUUUAGAAUAUGCUGACAAUGGUACAUUAGAUACUUAUUUAAAUGAGCAUUUUAAUGAACUUAGUUGGAAUGAUAAGCUAAGCUUGGCUUUACAAUUGGCAAGCGCUGUAUCAUGUUUUCAUAAUAACAAUAUUAUUCAUCAAAAUCUACAUGCCAAUAAAAUACUUGUACAUCAAAAAAGCAUUAAGCUGGCAGACUUUGGUUUAUCAAAAGAAAUACCAGAAUCAUCCAGCAAUACAUUGCAUAUACUUAGUAUCAUGCCUUAUACAGAUCCAAGAAGUUUUAAUAAUCAAAAUUUCCAAUUAGAUAAAACAUCUAAUGUGUAUAGUAUUGGCAUACUUUUAUGGCAAAUUUCAAGUGGAUAUCGACCAUUCCGCGAUGAAGGGUAUAAUGUGAAGUUAAUAUUGGAUAUAGUAUCUGGAAAAAGAGAAAAAAUUAUUGAUGGAACUCCAGAAGAAUAUAUUAAAUUAUAUGCAGAAUGUUGGAAUUAUGAAUCACAAAAACGUCCAAAUAUGCAGCAAGUUGUUUCAACUCUUAAUCAGAUAAGAUCGUCUAAUAAUUUUCAAGAUAAUAAUCUAAAUGAUGAUGCAACCGAAUGGAUUAAAAAUGCCUUGAAUAAUAAAGUUGUUAAUUUCAUACCAUUUAAUGAAUUGACGAAACCAGAAUUUUUUAAGAAGGGAGGAUUUGGACUUAUUAUGAAAGCUAUUUGGAACAAAACAGGAAACUAUGUUGUUUAUAAGAAGCUAACCAAUACAAAUGCUGUUAGAGAUGAUAUAUUAAACGCAUUCAUACAUGAAUUAAAAAUUCAUUUACAUUUUGAUUAUUGUGAUAGAAUCAUACGUUGUUUGGGUAUUAGCCAAGACGUUAUGACAAAAGAAUAUUUACUUGUCAUGCAAUAUGCUAAUGGUGGUGACCUUCGAAAUUAUCUUAAAGAUAAUUUUAAAAAACUAACUUGGGGAGAUAAAAAAAGAUUAGCAUUUCAAAUUGCAGAUGGAUUAAAUUACUUACAUAAUGAAAAUGUUUUACACAGAGACCUGCAUUCUAAAAAUAUAGUUAUCCAUGAAAAUAAUGCAAAAAUAAUAGAUUUUGGUAUUUCGAAGAUUCAAAAUCAAAGUUCGGCUUAUAUAGGCAAUUUUGGUAAUAUAGCUUAUGUAGAACCUAAAAGAAUUUUAGAUUCCAAAUUUCCAUAUACCAAAUCUUCAGAUAUUUAUAGCUUUGGUGUAUUAAUGUGGGAAAUUUCUAGUGGAUGUCCUCCAUUUAAAGAUUGCGUCACAGAAAAUGAAAAAGUUGCACUUAUUUGUGCAGGAAAACGGGAAAUUCCAAUUCCCGAGACUUCUAUAGAAUAUGAAGAACUUUACAUAAAAUGUUGGGAUCAAGAACCUAAACAAAGACCAAUUAUUAGCAAAGUACUUGAAGAAUUUGAAAAAAUGGGGUUUGGAGUUAAUGUUAAAAAUAAAAUAAUUGAAGAUAAUUCACAAGCUGUAAAAUCAACUUCAUCUUUAUAUCUGUCUUCAUGAAAAAUAAUUACGAAAUAUUUAAAUAUGUCAGUAAAAUAAAUUAUUUAUAAUAAAUAGUUUUAUUGGAUGGAGAAUAGAUAUGGCAAUACCCGUGGGAAGUUGAGAAAUCGUAGGCAAUAACUUGUCGGUCAUUAGGAAUGACCAAUAGGAAUCAAUGCUACUAAUUUCAAUAUUGGAUGAAGUAUUGGAUGUCUCAUAAAAAUAUCGGUCAGUAAAAUCCCGAACAAUAACAAACAAUAAUAAUCUUUUUAUUGUUGUUACAGACGCACAGAAACAAAUUAGU